AAUCUUCGUCUUCUCUCAUCGACAAUAAUGUCAACAAAAUAUGAAAUUUCACCAGAAGCAGCCAGGUCUCAUACCAGGAAAUCCAAACCGGAUUCCUCAUCCGUUAUCUUGAAGAAAUUUCUACUAGUCAUCUUUGUGGGGUUCUUUGCAUGGGCUUAUCAAACAGCUCUUCCACCACCUCCAAAGACUGUAGGUUCUCCAGAUGGCCCUCCGAUUACAUCCCCAAGGAUUAAACUCCGUGAUGGAAGACAUUUGUCGUAUAUAGAAUCAGCCACAGCGUCCCCAGCUCUUGUUGAAGAACUAGGGGUAUACUUUGUUGCAAUAGACCGACCCGGUUAUGGAGAAAGUGACCCGGACCCUAAACGAACUGUGAAGAGCUUGGCAUUUGAUAUCGAGGAGCUCGCCGAUCAGUUGAACCUGGGACCAAAAUUCUAUGUAGCUGGAUACUCUAUGGGUGGUCAAGUCAUGUGGUCUUGUCUCAAGUACAUUCCUCACAGGCUUGCAGGAGCAGUUCUUAUUGCUCCAGGCAUUAAUUACUGGUGGCCUAACCUACCUUCAAAUUUAACCAACGAAGCAUUUUUCAGGACAACUUCCACAGGAUCAAUGGUCUCUGCGUUUGCAUCAAAGCUUUUUGCUGCCAUGGAUCCAGAUCAGCUACAAGCCUGGAAUACACAACCACGACAACAAGGCGAAUUCGAGUCACUCCAUCGUGACAUAAACAUUGGAUUUGGAAAAUGGGACUUUGAUCCAAUGGAUCUCAAAAACCCAUUUCCAAACAACGAUGGAUCGAUUCAUAUAUGGCAGGGUGAUGAGGAUCUAAUUGUGCCUGUGACACUGCAACGUUAUAUCGCCCAUCAACUUACAUGGGUGAAGUAUCAUGAGCUUACUGGCACCGGACACUUGUUACCUUUUGCAGAUGGAGUGAUUGAUUCUAUUCUCAUAGAACUUCUUACAAAAAAGAAUUAGUUUUAUUGUAGCUCUUUGUACUCUUCGUUGUUAAAUUUGGC